AAAGAAAUAAGCAUCCUUUUUUUUUUCUUUUUUUUUUCUUUUUAUGGUUUUUAUGCUUAUUGAAUUGUCUUUGAUUAGCAGACCUAUAACAACAUCACUUCAUCAUGACUCUAUCUACCGUGCUCCCACCACGGCCCUCACGACGACUUGAUGGGAAAGUCGCCAUCGUCACCGGCGCAGGCAGCCUGGGUGACGGCCUCGGCAACGGGCGUGCCAUAUCUAUUCUUCUCGCUGAAGAUGGUGCCACAGUGCUCUGUGCUGAUCGAGACUUGGCAACAGCAGAGCGCACAGUGGAGAUGAUUGUCCAGGAAGGAGGUAAAGCAGCCUCAGUAUACGCGGACGUGAGCUCAGAAGGAGACUGUGAAAAGCUAGUGAAAGCCGCAGAAGAGAAAUUUGGGCGAUUGGAUAUUCUCGUUAACAAUGUGGGCAUUAUGGGUGCCGAGGGGACGGCCGUGGAGGCAGAUGCUGAGGAGUGGGAUAAAGGGCUGAGAAUCAACGUGACGGGGAUGAUGCUCAUGGCCAAGUAUGCGAUUCCGCUGAUGCUGAAGAACCAGCCUGGCGAUGGUGGCAUACGAGGAAACAUCGUCAACAUGGCAUCCAUAGCGGGCUUGCAGGGGGGCACAGCACAUCUGUUCUAUCCAACUAGCAAGGGGGCAAUUGUGAACAUGACGAGAGCGAUGGCGUAUAACCACGGGCAUGAAGGCAUACGAGCCAAUUGCGUGUGUCCAGGAUUCCUCUACACCCCCAUGGUUGCGGGCGACGGUAUGCCGGACGAGGUGCGUGACCAGCGUCGCAGGCAAGGCUUGUUGAAGACGGAGGGAAAUGCCUGGGACUGCGCUGCUGCGGUGAGGUUCUUGGCGAGCGAUGAGGCGAGAUGGAUUACGGGGACGGCGAUGACGGUGGAUGCAGGGGUGACAUGUUCGUACUCUAUGCCAUGAUGGAAUAACAUGGAAAAAAGAAGUAGUUGGCGAUGCUGGAAGAAAAAAAAAAGAUGUUGCUGGCCGAUACGGAGAAGAAUAAAACGAUGUCAUACUUGUCACUUGGAGCUUCAGCAUCUACCUAUGUAAACGAGAACUGAACGUGGGUACUAUCUAUCUGUUCAAAAGAGGGUUAAAUAUUAGACAUAUACUCAUAUUAAGUACAAGACGAAAUUAUACCAUAGAAGAAGAAGAGAAAAAAAAGGAAAGCUACUGGCUAUUUCAC